GUUAUCAUUGAUCGCGCUCUGUAGCCUAGGAAAUGUAUUCUGUCAUCAGUAGUUUGAUCGAUGGAACGUAUGUAAACAAACAAAAUAUUACAAAAUGCCAAUUAUAAUUCAAGAUUUAACAUGGAAACAAACUGAAGAUAGGGUUGUUAUUCAAGUACCAUUGCACGGAGUACCUCAGACAAGAGUCGAUCUCUUUACUUCACCACGAUACAUCAAGGCAUCAUUCGAAUCGUUCUUUUUUGACGCGGUUUUGCGUGAAGAAGUCGACGUCUCUCAAAGUACAUGUACUAAAUCCCCAACCUGUAUCUUGUUCGAUUUGAAAAAAUGUUCUCAAAAUACUUGGGAGACCCUGGAAGUGACGGAUCUUACAAAAAAGGAAAAAAACGCUUUAAAGCAAAAACUCAUAGAAGAAGAGCAUGAGCGGAUAAAAAAACGAGAUGAGGAAAGAAAAAGCAAAAAGGCUGAAUUAAAAAGGGUAGCAAUAAAUGAACAGAUCGAGUUAGAUACAAGAGUCAGAACGGAAAUAGAAGAAAUAAAAAAGGCCGAGGAAACCCGUGCUUUGGGAGACUUAGAAAAUUGGAAAUCAUCCAUGGAACAAACUCGAAAAAUUAAACCAAAAAUAGUUGAGUUAGAGGAACAAAGUAAGCAACCUGAUAAGCCACCUAAAGUAAUGCUGCAAGAAAAGGAGAAAUCUGGAAAAAACAAACGAAAUAAUUUAAAAGAAGUUACAAAAGUUGCAUUACCAAAGCCUAGAAAUACCAGGGCAUUACAAAUACUCUUCACACCUAGAGAAUUUCCAACUCCAUCAAGGGAAUCUAGAUUAGAUGAAGAAAAUGAUUUUUUGGCCAAACAGGCUGAAGCUAGAAGAUCGGCUGGUUUUGUAGAUGCAGAUUUAAGACCAGAAGAAAAGAACCCGCAAUAUUUACUUGCAAAAGGCAAACAGUUCUUGAAGGCUCAGAAUUAUUUAGGGGCUAUCAGUGCUCUUAGUUUUGGGAUAAAAUUAGCCCCAAAGUUUAUUGAUUUGUAUAUUGCCCGGUCUGAAGUUCAAAUUAUCGUUGGGAAUUACAACAGAGCCAUUGAAGACUGCACGGAAGCCCUAAAUUUACUGAAGCCUGCUUUACCAGUAAAUAAAGAAGAUAGAGCUCUUUGCUUAGGUAGGAGAGGAGAAGCUCUAUUUAAGUUAGGGUUUUUAAAACAAGGAAUUUCUGAAUUGGAAGCUAGUAAUAAAUUGAACAAAUGUAAUGAGUUUGAAAAGUUAUUAGCGGAGUUUAAAGCUGAAAUGGCAGAAGCUGAGUUAAAGCAGGAAGAAAAUUUUAAUAAAAAAGUAGAAUCCUAAUUUUAUUUUAUGAUUAAUGCAGAUUUAUGUUUUUCCAGCUAUUUUUGUAAGUAAUUUAUUUUAGUACUGAGUAUGUCUCAAAGUCAAAAGAAAUAACUGUUAUUAUUGGGAUGAAAAACAUAGUGUAGGUAAAUGAAUAAAACCUGAUACCUUACAAUAAACCUGGAUAAAUCGAAA